CCUGGCAGCGAGGCGCAUCUCCCCGGCUCUCGCCGCGCCCCCACUCCCACUCCCACGGCCCCCCCCCCCAAUUUGGGUACAUUUUGCAGAAGCUUUUGGUUCCUUAUCCGGGGACUGGGCUGGCGGGUGUGAUUGGCCGGGGAUGUCACAUGGUGAAAGUAACUUUACGGGGUCGCCAGCUAGUAGGAGGGCUUUAUGGAGCAGAAAAACGACAAAGCGAGAAAAAUUAUUUUCCACUCCAGAAAUUAAUGAUCAUGAGCUCUUAUUUGAUGGACUCUAACUACAUCGAUCCGAAAUUUCCUCCAUGCGAGGAAUAUUCGCAAAAUAAUUACAUCCCAGACCACAGUCCGGAAUAUUAUAGCCGGACAAGGGAGUCCAGCUACCAGCAUCACCAUCAAGAGCUGUACCCAGUGCCACGACCCUCCUUCCCCGACCGCCCGUUCAGCUGCGGGGGGCUCCAGGCUCCCGGCAACCCGGCCGCGCUCCAAAGGGGACACGGGCAAACUCCAGGAGGCCAACACCUCUCAGAGAAAGCACAGCAGCUCUGCGAGCAGGCUGCUCUAUCCACCUCCUCCACCACUCCUUCCCCAGCCCCUCCAGCCUGCAACCAGCCAAACCCCGACCAUCCCAACAGCACAGCUUCCAAACAGCCCAUAGUCUAUCCCUGGAUGAAAAAAAUCCACGUCAGUACUGUGAAUCCCAAUUACAAUGGAGGCGAACCCAAGAGAUCCAGGACAGCCUACACCAGGCAGCAGGUUUUGGAGCUGGAGAAGGAGUUUCACUAUAACAGGUACCUGACCCGGCGGCGACGCAUCGAGAUCGCCCACUCGCUUUGCCUCUCCGAGCGACAGAUCAAAAUCUGGUUUCAGAACAGGAGGAUGAAAUGGAAAAAAGACCACAGGCUGCCUAACACCAAAGUACGGGCGGCGACGGCAGCGGUCGCCGGAGCCCCCGCCGCCCCCGCCGCCCCGGCGAGCACGGCCGCGGGCGAGGAGCUGCCCUCCGCCGCCGCGCAGGACCCGCGCACGGAGGAUAUCACCAGGUUAUAAACACCCCCAGACCCGCACACAAAUGACUCUGGAUUAUUUAUAGAAUCUAAUAUAUAUAUAUAUAUAUUUUGGUUCUUCCCCCCACCCCUUUCCCCUUCCCCUGGUAGUUUUCCUUUUAUUAUAAUAAUAAUAAUUAUUUUUUUUUCCUGUGCGUAUAAAAAACAAUGGGUCUCCCCCAAGACCACGGGCUUUAGAUGCAUGCCAGAUAGCAUGAGGCCAGGUGUCUGUACCUGCAGGGUUUUUUUUACGCCAUUUCAGGGUUUUAUUUAUUUUUUAAAGCUGGGGGAUGGGGGAGGGAGGGCGGGGUGGGGGGAGGAAGAGGUAAAUGUUCUGCUGGGUGAAUUUAAUGAAGAAAUGACGAUAAUAUUGACGGCAAAAAAAACCAAACAAACAAAGGCGAACGUAGGUAUUCCCCCCCCCCCGCCCCCUGCAUUACAAAUGCACAAUGAGCGAAGGAGCUGUGAAGUUCUUUUGUAGGAAUGUGGGGAAAAAAAAAAAGCUUAAAAAAAAUAAUCACCAUUUAGAGAGAGAGAGAGAGAAAAAGGCAAACAAAAAGCAGCUACGGAACAGCACACGAGGGUGAACCAGUCUUGGCUGAGAAAUUGAGAAGAAACAGGGGAGAGGGAGAGAGAGAGAGAGGGAAAGAAAGAGUGGCAUAUUUAAAAAAUAAAAGCAGAAGAAGGUUUAAAAAAGUCAGUAGCUAGGGGGUUUUGUCGUGGUUAUUUGUGUUUUUGGACUGAUUUUACAUGAUCAUUGUAAACUUGCAAUAAAGAGUUUUAGUGUGUAUGUGAAAGUCCCAGUGUUCAAUAAACCAGUCAGUGUGAAUUAGUUUUACUUUUA